CAGUGAUGUACUAAAUUGAUAAACACAGUAAACCUCGACUUGUUUUAGUUUUGUUUUGUAAUUACUUAUCAGCAAAUACGUUCUAAUUACAGUAGAGAACCUGUGUAACGCUAUCAAACUCGUUAGCUUUCUUGAGAGCUUUCUUAACAGCACUGCUAGGUUGAGCGGGUAACUAGUUACUAGCUCAUUUCUCAUUUCUAGCUCAAACGACCCAGGAAAACACAUGGCAUCAGCUCAGAUCUUUGUGGAAAGGACAUUGGCCUUGAUCAAGCCCGACGCUAUAGAUAAAGCAGAAGAAAUAGAAGACUUGAUCCUUCGAUCUGGAUUCACUAUUCUACAGAAAAGGACGCUUCAGUUGAGUCCUGAGCAGUGCAGUGAUUUCUACGCUGAUCAGUAUGGAAAACCAUUUUUCCCAAGUCUUACUAUAUUCAUGAGCUCAGGCCCAAUCAUGGCUCUUGCUCUGGCCAGACAUCAGGCCAUAGCAACAUGGAAAGCCUUGAUGGGACCAGUCAACAGCAACACAGCCAGAGAAACACAUCCUGAAAGUCUAAGAGCUAGAUAUGGGACUUCAGACUUGAGGAAUGCAGUGCACGGCAGUGAAACAUUCUCAGCAGCUGAACGAGAGCUCAAGUUUAUGUUCCCUGGCUCUUUGAUUGAACCCAUUCCAAUGGGAGAGGCGGCUGAAGAUUACCUUAUCCGUUAUGUGAAUCCAACUCUACUUACUGGUCUGACAGAGCUGUGCAAGACAAAACCGUCUGAUCCCUUUACAUGGUUGGCUGGCUGGCUGAUGAAAAACAACCCGAAUAAACCCCAAAUAAGUGAUGGAGACAGCAUGAUGACAAAUGACUUCGCAUUAAAUUAGAAUUAUCAUUAAAUUUUUUCCUGAAAAUAAAUGCAUAUUUAUGUAGAACAAUGUAA